GCGAAGGGUUCGCUCCAGUUCCCGAUGUUGCACGGCACGCGGCUCAAGAAGACCGCAGACCACACACAGCAGCCUCACGACCCACAGCGAGAAAAGUGCCCAAACCCAUCGUCCCUCCAGUGCAAUGUGAGGCUACUCACGGAUGCGAUAGAGGCGGUGCUUCGGAGCCGACUGGUCAACGCCCUCUGGCGCCUGAGGGACUAUGCCCAAAUCCUCCGCCUCUCUGCACUGGCCAAUGCCUUCCAGCCAUCCACACAGCAGCCGCACCUGCCAUCCCAGCCCGGCCCGCCCGCUGUCAUGGGAAGGGGCCAGUGGUGGGCCACCAUGCUCCUCAUAUUCCGACGCAAGCAGCUCGAGAGGAUGGAACGGGCCUUGUCCAAGCCACUGUUGGGCGGGGCCCUCCGGGCCUGGCGGAGUGCCACGUUGCUGGGGGAUUCUGGGGCGGUGGAGUCGGCCAGUGCAAAGAGGAGGGCUGCCAGGCGACUGACACGCUCACUUCAUGGUAGGGGGGAGGAGCAAGGGAGAAAGGAACCACACACCAUUCGCUUUCCGCCUGGUUGACUCACUGCAGCUGCUUAUGUUCGGCGAGUCGUGUACGGGGUUCUGCGCCUCAAAGGCGACUACCAGACACUAUUGGUGAUCGCUACAGCCAGCCAGCAUACAGACAGACAGAGACCAUCCAUCCAUUAGUGAAUCACUAACUCACUCCAUGGCAUGGGUCUUUCUUGUCGUCUGUGUAUGUGUGUUUGUCCCUCCCUCCCCCCCUUAGCUGUGUGAGGGGGACCUGGAGGGCUCCUGCAUCAGACGCGAGAUACAGGUGCAGACAGACAGACACAUACAUACAUCAUGUGCCCCGGCAGGCACACACACACACACAUACACACAUAUUCUCCAUCCAUCCAGAGAGGGAGCCCCUCCCUAUCUCUCCUCUCCUUGUGUGUGGCAUGUGUGUGCAGCUGGAGCGUUUCUGCGCCCGUUGGCGUCGUGAGUUGGUGCGGUAUGUCUUCAAGGAGUGGAGGAACGCUGUCACCAGAGACCUCAUGGCACAACACAUCAGGUGGGCGAGGUGACAAGCCAGGCAGACAGACAUGCAAACACAAUGGGACAACAGGUCUGAGCUGUUCGUCACGUUUCGUGUGUGUACGUGUUCGUGUGUGCAGUGAGGGCAGUGCGCGUCAGCUGGCCACCCUGGUGAGGGGUGCGGCGAUGCGUCGCUUGGACGCGGCAUUCGCCAAGCUGAGGACCAAUCGUCGUGCAGUGCACCCUGCCCUCGACCGCGCCAUCCGCUGGUGCAAGGAGAGGGGAGUGCCCCCCCUGCCCCUCUCUUCUCACCAGCCGCCCUUUGCAGCCUCCCCCAUCCCACCCUCUGGUCCGUCGGCCACCCUCACCGGGCGUCCCAUCCCGGCGCUGCUGGUGAGGGGCCGCCAAGCCGCCGCAUCGGCCGACGCAGCAUUUGUAGAGCGGAUAGUGCGGACGCGGCGGGAGGUGGAGGAGGCCAUCGCACUCACACGGGUCUUCUUCUCGGCACUCACACACAACAGAGGGUUCCUCAAACAACUCAUCAGCCACACACACGCACGACAACAACAGGAUACCCGAGAUGCUCAACCUCCAACCCAGCCGAGUGCCGCUGGCCGUGUGUCGGGGGCUGAACCACUGUCGUCUCAUUACCCGCCGGUGAUGGCGGCUGUCCGUCGGGGCGGCGUGGGGAUGGGGGGCAUUCUCAGCCCCACUCGCACACGGCAGGCCGCAGCCAUUGCAAUGUCACGGCAGCAGGCGGCAUCGCCUGCUGACGGUGGUGGUGUCGUCAAGGCAUCGUAUACGGACAAGUUGUGGCGGUGGGUGCUGCUGCGUCGCAUUGUGGAGCGGAAGAUGAGGGACGACAUGGCGCGGGGCUGGGCCGCCUGGAAGAGGAUGCACGGCCCACACACACCCACACCUGUAAGUAAGAGGGCUGGCUGGCGGAACCAGUAGAAGUGCUCAAUUUCGUGUGUCCUUGUUCGUUUUGUGGCUGGGCUGGCUGUGUGUACUGCAGGUGGGUCUAGCAGGUAUUGAUGAGGUGUCUAGCUUGCAGCUACAGACGAGCGCCAGGCAGACCAAUGAGAUGCUCAUGGCACUCGUAUUCGCCACAUGGCACACUGCAGCAACACACAAGAGGUCCGUAGGUCCGCGGACCCGACACACGUGCACACACCCACAGAUGAUGAUGCACAUACAAACAGGGGACGUAGACUGACUGUACGUGUAUCUUCUCCCUGCCUCCCUGCCUGCGUGUGGAUGUGUGGUGUGCAGGGAGCGGCGUCGUUUGUCUGCUUCCCGUCUGGCGUCCUCUCUGCGGGCCGUCCACCAGUCGCCCCUGCGGCUGACAUUCGCCACACUCAGGUCCAGCGCGAUGGCAUCAUCCGCUGGCGGUGGCAGCCGAGACGACAAACGCCACGCCGCCAACCGCAUCCUCCGAUGGGCCGCCAGGCGCCAGGCCAGACUGCUCAAGGGUGCGCUUAUGGCGAUGAGUGGCACGGUGGCCAUCCCGCCGCAGCAGCAGGCAGCGGCAGCACUCGCCAGGGCCGUGUGCCGUGUGCAGCUGGUGAGGGUGAGUAGGGCGAUGGAAAAGUGGAAGGGCCAUGUGUUGGUGCGGCGGAGCAUCCACAUGGUGCCCUCCCUGUGGACGAGGGACCGGGCCACAGGGGCGGCGGUCGACAUACGGCCACUCACCGCAGGCACCGAUGUCCUCAUCAAGUACAACUCGCGAGACGGCAAGAGAGUUAGGCGGGUCUUCCAGGUAUCUAUCAUCGACACGCACAUACACCACACCCGAUAGCGGCUGUGCUGUGUGAAUUAAUGUCCCUCUCUCCCUCUCUCCAUCCCUCUGUCUCUGGUAUGUUAGGUGUUGCGCGAUGGUUGGCUGUGUUGGAGUGACAGGACUGCCAGGGAGCCCACGAGCGCCUCGAGGCACCGCAUCGACCUGGCGCAGUGUGUGACGGUCCUCCACACAUUCACAAUGAGGGCCCAGCGGCUGCCCACCGACCCCUCAUCACUCUGCUUCGUCGUGGUGGCCGCCAACCGCACACUCGACCUCUGCGCACAAAACGAGCAGCAGCUCGUGACCUGGGUCACUGGUAAGCAAACAGAAAAGAACCUGCAUGGCUGCCUUCCCCGCCUAUAUAAUGGAUGCAUAUGAUUGUUUGUAUGUCCGUCGUCUUAGGUCUUCAAUCGCUGAUCCAUUACUUUUCCCGUCUGCUCAAGGUGCCGUCGGUCGAUGUCCGCGGCAAGGCAUCCCGCGCAUCCACCACCCCACGCGCCAGCUCCCCCUCCCCCCGGCCCCCCGGGCUGCCCCCCCUGCCGCCACGCAUCGCGCCACCACCCAAGCGAGCCGUCCCCGUCCAUCUGCCCCGCGGCACCCUGCUGUAUCGUAAGGUCCGUCGGCAGCUGCAUGACAGGGCGACGGCGGAUGGCAAGACCAUGCGGCAGAUGUGGCGGGAGGCCAUCGCAGCGGCCGCAUCGAUGCAGCAGCAGCAGCAGAGGCGCAGUGGCACACAAAGGGCUGGAGGGAGCAAGACAGUGCAGCAGGGCAAAAGGGAGGGGGUCAAGCCGAGGACGCCCAGGAAGAAAUGAGUGAAUGAAUGACACACAUGCAUUGAUUGCAUGCGUACCCUCCCCACACAUGUAUGUGACGGAGAUAGACAAACAGACGUAUGUAGCUGACGCUGACAUACACGACAUGUAUGUAUGCCGGAUGGACCCUACUCGCAUGGAUGGACCCCAUUGCAUGGUAUGGCC